AUGUCGGACCCGCAAUACGUCUUGGUCGAGCCUCGCGACCAAGAGCGCUACGUCAAUUUCGAAUUAGAAGCCAGAAGAGAUCCAGAAACCGACUAUGAGCCGUGGGAAGUCGAGUUCGAACCUCAAGAACGUAACAAGCUCCGCAGAAGAUGGCUGAAGCAUGCUCCCGAAGUCCGGUCGAAAAGUGCCGACGCAUAUGAUUAUUACUUGGACGGAAAGAAAGGCGUCGCUGAUGCGGAAAAUGACGUUGAAGUCGCAAGCCGAUAUCGUGGGGCGGCUGACGACGAGGGAGAUGAAAUUGGCGGUCGACCCAGGUUCGAGUAUUUUGAGGAGAGACAGAAGGUCUUAGCUGGUGCGCUUGACGGUUUGCGUCUAAAUAUCGUGGUCCUGCGGGCCAAUCGAGUCGGGAAGGUCAACGAUGCUGGAGAUCAGUAUUGUACGAUACUGAUGGAGAGGAAUAAGGAGAAGAUUGAGAAGCUGAAGAAGGUGAUGGAAGUGGAUAUUCCGGCUUUGCGGAAGCAGGCGAAGAAGAAAUUGCAGGUUUUGGGUAAGAGGAAGAGAUCAGAGGGUGACGAUGAAGAUAUGCCGCCUGACUGGGACAUCGAUGGGGUGUAUGAGUCGUAUAAGCUUGCACGUGCAGAUUUGGAUCUUGACUCAGGGUGGUACGGUGGCUGGCUUCUUGGGCGCGGCAGUUAUGGAGAGGCUUGCCUCUGGGUCCAGCUCAACGACGACGGGAAAGUUGGGAAUCGCGUCGUCGUGAAAGAGUCAUUGAACUCUGGUUUUUGGACCUACGAGGAUAACUGGACUGAAGGCAGCGACACGGCUCGGGGAAUCCUGACAGACCCAUACAGCACAAAUAUGGGUCAAGCCGCAAGAGCAAUGAACUGGGUCGACGAUAUGUCCAGUCAGUGUAUUAUGCUGCCGGAAGCCUUUUGCUGGCAUGCGCUUGAAACCUUUGCAUUGGCCGGAUUACUGAUGCAGCGUGGCAAGCUUAGCCGGCGAAAAGGAAACAUGCCGUGGGAAGAAAUCAUCCAUAGGGACAUCAAACCAGAGAAUGUUUUCAUCGGGGUGCCCUCUACUUCGCGAUAUCCCGGCUACCCUGAGUUGAAGCUUGGAGACUUUGGCUUAGCAUUCGUGAAGCGCGAAUGGGACAAAAGGAGACCAAGACAAAUUCCAGUGGCGGGCACACCCCAUCAUCAAGCUCCAGAGCAGCUGUUAUUGCUUAGUAAAUAUGGAGGAUUGCUGGGGUUGUGGCCGCACACUAAGCCAAUGACAGCGAAGACCAAUGUGUGGGCAUUUGGCAUAGUCCUAUGGGGAAUGAUCCAAGGCAAAGCCGCUCCAGCAGAUGGGGAGCACGACUUUCAGCAGGAGCAUCUCAAAGAGCCAGCGCAAUUUGAUGCCACUGCACAGAGCUUUUACAGCAAAGAACUGCUCAAUCUCGUGAGAGCAUGCACCCGGUACAACGACGAGGACAGGCCAUCAUUCGAUGCGAUUAUGAAGAAGGUCUUGGAGCACACAACUCGAGGACCAAACGAGCGGGCUAGAGGAUUGCGAGAUCUGAAGCCCGGUCAACUCGGAUUUGAUGCGCAGUACGGUCAGAAUGGUCAGAAUGAGUUUGUGCUUUUGAACGGGGACGAUUAUCGGACAGGAUGUUCUCUGGAAGAAUUACCGCCGCUGGAUAGUGGUCUGAUGCCGCAAGCAAUGCCAGCGGACAUGAAGGAGCUAAGAUUACGAUAA